UUGAUGCAUGUUUGACUAGUGUUCGAUUAGCAUGAACGCGCACGCUAAUAAAGCCUGUCGUCUUAUUUGCUCGCACUGGCGUGUUCCAAGCUCGUUUUGCGCUACAGAACACGCUUUAUAUGCGAGCACAGAGGUGCCUGAUGUGGCAGCUUGUAGCACGGUAAUAUUGUGGUAGAUAUUAGCCAGGAGUUCAAGGUUAUGAUACAGGAAGAAAUCAGCAGCACGCCUUAGACUACGCUGUUUCAUUGAGAAACUGAAGACGGCAAAUGUACGAUUCAACAAUUCUUUUUUUUUUGCUGUAUUUUGCGGCUCAAAGUGGCGCUGGUUUUGUAUUUAUUAAACUGAGGUGUUCGAUACUGCCCAUAGCUCUAAUGACUUGCCUAUUGAUAUAACUAUGAAUGACUUUUUCACAAAACGUGCAUCACUUGAUGUUAUAUGACUCAUGGUUAUUACAUGGUUAGUGAUAUAUAACGUGGUUCGGUACCUUCGAGCUCCUAUAACACUUAAUACGGAAUAAACAUCCAAAUGAGCUGGAAAUGAGAUUUCAGUACAUUUUCGCCAUCAGUCCCCAAACCACGCACAACUUUGCUGAAAAUUGGGAUUAGAGUCGUAUUUCGGAGACGAGUUUGCAGUGAAGAUAAGGAGUGCAGCGAAUGAUAGUAGAAUAAAUAAAACACACAUUGAUGUGUGACAUCUAGAGAUCACACCACACCUUGUUCGAACGAUUUGUUAACCAACGCAUGUCAGCAGAUUGUAAAAAAUCAAGUUCCCUAUCUGCGUCCAGUAUACUUGGUCCGACACCAUGCCUGGCCAAUUUAGCUCAAUGCCUUGCCGCUGGCUUUGCUUUCUAGCAUCCAGUCAGUCGCACAACUAAGAAGAUUUUAUGCGCUGAACUAUCGACGGCUAACUGAAAUUGUGCAAAGUAUUGCCUUGCUUGCUUUGCCGGACAAUGAUCACAUGUGAUCUAUGUGCCCCUUCCCCAGGACUGAAUAUUGUACGCCAUCGACCUAGCCAUUUGGUGAUGGGUGCUUGUUGGAAACAAAAUGCAUCCUUUGGACUUUCGGAAGACAUUGACGGUCAAUGAUCUUGCCAUGAACAAUAAUCAUCGUGGAAAGGCAUUACAUGCUUCAUUUUUAAGCCCGAACCGUUUUUUAUGAUCGCUGAGAAACUGAUGUCAAAUGUCAACGUGUGACGAAUGUUCUUCCGAAUUGCAGUAGACUGUUGAUAAUGACAAGCUUCGUUUGCAAGCAGGGUCUUUAUAGUCCCGUUAAAAAUCCCCCGAUGACAUGUGUGAGCUACAUACUAUCAGUAUUUGGUAGUCUCAGAUAUCAGCGGGGUAACGGUGUAAUAUUUGGGAGCAGAAGCUGUGGUGUUAUGGAGGGUUUCGGCGGCAAACCCCAGAAAAUAUGUCCUAAAUCCUUCAUCCCUGCGCCAUAGGGAAUUACCUCGGCUAUCGUACCACUGAUUUGGUUAUAGCGUUCCUGCGAUGCGUUAAGCAAAACGGCAGAAUCUAACAUGCAACGCUUGGAGCAGAAUCAUCACUUGCUCUCGUUGGCUGACUGAAGUAGUACUAACGACUGUUCUAUUAGUAGAGCUAGGCAAAUAAACAAGAAAACACAGCGAGUUGGCCAUCAAAGCGCUGAUGAGUAAAGUCAACAGCCGCCAUCAAACUGUGAGACCUGAUUCUAAUGACAUCAACACGUGGCUUGCCCCCCCCCCCCCCCGUGCAUGCGAUGGUAACAGCAAUGAUAAGACCUGGAGCCCAGUCAUGGCGCUGUCAUCGGGGCUUCACAGCACACCCAGCUGCCGAAGCCAUUGGCGUCGCCUCUCUCACCCUGGCAGAAAGGGCGGGCACCGCGGGGAAUCGAAACCCUUUCCAGACGCGCAGCUAAACCACUACACUUUCCCCAGAAGCGCAGCUUAGCCGCCAUAGUACCAGCACACUACCCGGCCAUGACCAGUACACUACCCAGCCGUGACCAAGGCAGUGCACUGCCCGGCCAUAACCGAGACAGUACGCUACCCGGCCAUGACCAGUACACUACCCAGUCGUGACCAAGACAGUACACUGCGUGGCCAUAACCGAGACAGCACACUACCCGGCCAUGACCGAAACAGCACACUACCCGGCCAUGACCGAGGCAGUGCACUACCCGGCCAUGACCGAGGCAGUGCACUACCCGGCCAUGACCAAGACAGCACACUAUCCGGCUAUGACCGAGGCAGUACACUACCCGGCCAUUACCAACAUAGUGAGGUCGGGAUCGCGGAAUGGGGACGCCAGAAUGUCAGGAUCGGGAAUGGUCGGGAGUCGUGGAGCAUGAUACCCCUGUCAGGAGAUAGAUAGGUGGAGAGAGAGAAAGCAGACCCCAACAUUUAAAGAGUCGCGAGUGGUUGAGAGCCAAGAUGUGGAGCAAUGCAGCUCUCUUGACGGGGAGGAGGCCCACACCCAGGGCAAUUAGCGGUCAACGCACUCGAGACGCUGGGCAGCUGGGAGCCCCGGUUCCGGGCCGCUGGGCAGCAGGAGGCCCCGGUUCCGACCAAGAAGAGGUACCAUCAGUUUCCUGAGGGACACCCCUGUCGUGGACGGGAGGGGACUCUAGUAUCGUCAUGAUGAUGUAUGAUGGAGAGCCAAGAUACGACAGCUGGCCCCCGCCACGACUGGCGGGAGGAUCCCGCCAUGACUGACAGGAGGCUCCGGCCAUGACUGACAGGGGGAUCCCGCCAUGACUGACAGGAGGAUCCCGCCAUGACAGGCAGGAGGCCUCCGCCAUGACUGGCAGGAGGAUCCCGCCAUGACUGACAGGAGGCUCCGGUCAUGACUGGCAGGAGGACACACCCAUGACUGGCAGGAGGCUCCAGCCAUGACUGGCAGGAGGACACGUCCAUGACUGGCAGGAGGCUCCCGCUAUGGCUGACAGGAGGCCCCCGCUAUGGCUGACAGGAGGAUCCCGCCAUGACUGGCAGGAGGCCCCCGCCAUGACUGGCAGGAGGAUCCCGCCAUGACUGACAGGAAGGCUCCGGCCAUGACCUGGCAGGAGGACACGGCCAUGACUGGCAGGAGGCUCCGGCCAUGGCUGGCAGGAGGACACGGCCAUGACUGGCAGGAGGCCCCCGCUAUGGCUGACAGGAGGAUCCCGCCAUGACUGACAGGAGGCCCCCACCAUGACUGACAGGAGGAUCCCCACCAUGACUGGACAGGAGGCCCCAGCCAUGACUGGCAGGAGGAUGCCGCCAUGACAUGACAGGAGGAUCCCGCCAUGACUGACAGGAGAAUACCGCCAUGUAUCGAAGAGCUGGCCAUGCCGCUGCGCUGGGUGCUGCUGCUGACGCUGGUGCUGCAGCUGGGGGCGCUGGCUACCGGCGCGCCCUUCUCGAGGCGCUGGUCCGCCUUCAACCGGCGCAACCACAACUUCAAGCCGUUUCAGCCGCCGUCGGCGAGGUUCGCCGCACCGCUGCGGGGCUUCUCCAACAUCUUCCGAGAACUUGGCGACAGCAGCUGGGGCGACGGGCGCAUGCCCUCGAUGGCAAGGACUGCCUGGUCCGAGUACCCGGUCAAUCGGCCGCGACUGCAGCCGCUGCCUCAGCCCAGGAACCCCUACUACAGAGGCUUCCCCGCGCAGGCGCAGAGGCCGCCUAUUGGCCGACGUCACCAGUUCGUGCCCGCCCGCAAAAUCCAAUCUGGCCAGGUGCCGACCGUCUUCCUGACGGACGCCGAGCUGCACGGGCUGGUGUGCGUGCCGGCCUCGUCGCUGAGCUCGGC